UUAACUCAGACAACUGCAUCUGCUAGUAGCUAGUAGCAGUCUAAGAUCAGAUCAGUCUGCUUGAGACUUUCGUGUCGGAAGCAGUAAGAAUAAAUAGAGUGUGCAAAGAUGGAUGCCGUUUACUACCUCGGUGCAAUUAUUGUGUUGAGUGCUAUAGCCACUAGCGAGUCUUGUGUUACACCGUCUGGGUCUAGUGGAAAGUGUGUUCCUCUUCAACAAUGCUCCAACUUAUUCGCGCUAACCCAGCUGGCUCCGAAUAUUACUGAUGCGAAUGUAGUCAAGUACCUGAAAAAUGCAGAAUGCAUCUCGCCCAACUCGUCGGAGAAAAAAGUUUGCUGUCAACCGGACCGCAUCUUCCAGCUACCGGACAAUUGUGGCCUAGCUUCGUCUGAACGAAUAGCUCAUGGUAAUGAGACUGCAGUUUUUGAAUAUCCCUGGAUGGCACUGCUAAUGUAUCGAAAUCUGUUUAGUGACGAAAUAAUGGGAAACUGUGGUGGCACUUUAAUCAGCGAACGAUAUGUGCUAACAGCAGCUCAUUGUCUAAAGGAUGACGAUCAAUUCAAACUAGAGUUCGUACGACUAGGAGAACACACUAUCAGUGAGGAAAAAGAUUGUAACAAUAUUAUCGAAGAAGGUAUAAUCAUCGAACAAGACUGUGCUGGGCCUGUAGAGAACGUUCGUUAUGAAUUAUACAUAAUUCAUCCGCAGUACCGCAGUGCAUUCACUGGAAAUGAUAUUGGAUUAAUUCGUUUGGCGGAAACGAUCAUAUUCAAAAGUCAUAUCAUGCCGAUCUGUUUACCAAUGACUGCCGUACUGAAGGAUCUCCUUUUACCCGAAUACAUUGUCGCCGGAUGGGGUCUAACGGAAAAGCUUACAAGAUCAGAUGUUUUACUACAAGCCCAACUACCGCGAUUGGAACAAAGCAGAUGCCAGAAACGAAUCUCCGAAAUUGACAGUAAAAAGCAUAAUAUCACAGUUAACGAGAAACAGAUCUGUGCAGGUGGUAGGAAUCUUGUGGAUAGUUGCCAGGGUGACUCCGGUGGACCUCUAAUGUGGCCGGCUGAAUAUCUCAACCGAACCCGGUACGUUCAGUUUGGAGUGGUUUCAUAUGGGAUCAAUUACUGCGGAGAGAUAAACUUUCCGGGCGUGUACGCUCGAGUCGGUAGCUAUCUAGGUUGGAUUUUGGCGAAUAUGAAGGCAUGAAGUUAUUUGCGGGUGCGUGUUGGAACCUGUUGGAACUGUCAUUUUUAUAUGGAUUUUGUAACUAUUAGAUCGAACCUAGUGCGACCCAAAUUUAAAAACGAUAUCUGAAAAAGUUUAAAGGUAACGGACUUCGCCUCUAAACGAAUCACAAACAUCGGAAAGUUUUCGUAGAAUUCAGCAGCAAAAAAAAGCUUUUAUUAAAUAACUCUAAUCUUAAGAAACUGUAUUCCACAAAUUUCGUCUGGUUUUAACAUUCCGUUUAUCCUGUGGUGUAAUGGAACUCAAAUGGGCUGCAUCAACUAUGUCCCUAGAAAAAGGAGCAGCAAUCAGAGAAGGUACUAAACGGCUCUGAAAUAGACUAACUCACUUGAAUUCAUCGUAGUUCUUCGAGGUAUAGACGGCCCGUAAUUUGGCGUCAUUUCGCAAUUGAUACAGCUCGUCAUACUUAAUAUUUUCCAGGCACUGCGCUUCCAGCCUUUUGAUAUCCGAAGUCGAAAUCAUCCUGUUUUAUUGCAUAACUUGAACAAACAUACUUUUCAAUUCCUCGGUUGCCACGGGUGACGGAAUGGUGUAAUGGCGACAUCGCACUAGACUGUUGUAAAACUGCAUGCAUUGACACAAACCUGGCGGUAAGAAGGUACGCUCUCAUCUCUCGCCACACUAGAAUAGCACCAAAUGAUAACCGAAAAUAACCGCUAAAGCGGGUUAUAAGUUCCAGGUCCAAACAGAAAUCAAAUCAAAGCAUUCAGAAACACGUUUCACUGUUUUCAAAUAUGUACGUUUAUUUGUUACUUUAUAUGAAUUACGCUGAAUUCACUAUCCACUAUUACUUUUAGCAAUACAGAUUUUUGUGUUGUCAUAAAUCCGAAUACAAUCUCUUAAACUAAAGGAUCCACUGAGUCUACCCUAUUGAAAAAUUCCAUUUUUAUUGCAAAUAAAGCAAAAUCUAAACA